GCGGAGAAUUGUUAUUUGUGUUGGAUUGGGGAAGCAGAGCCGCCGGAGGAUGGCGUUGAAUUGGCUUCCGAAUAUCAUUUCCGCCGCGGCACCUGACAGUACUCGUCCCAUAAACCUACUUACUCAUCCCCAUCAGCUCAUCUCAGCCGCCGCCGCCGCACCUGGCGGUACUAGUGCUAUAUCGCCACAUCGCUUGAUUUCGUGCUAUCUCUGUUCAACUUCUCCCGUCUGCUUCUCUCCGAAUACCCGAGUCUAUCCUCGUACUGUCCGCCGCCGCAAUUUCAAAUUUCGUUCGAUAGUGCCGCCGCGGUGCUCGUCUUCGUCGUCUUCUUCUAGUGCGGAAGGAAAAGGAGAAGAGGAAGAUAACCUGGGUGAAGCAAGGGAUGCGCUUUGCGAUUAUCUUCAGCAGCUUGGGGUUUCUGCGGAGGAAGCUAUGGAAAUCGCCAUUGCUGCUCCCAGCUACCUGCAAAUGUUGAUUGACAGUGUUCAAGACCUGGAUGAACUCUCCUUGUGGAAUUCGUGGACGGAUUCAGCUUCAGAAGCUCCUCCCUCACAGCCUUCGUUCAGGAGCAAGGUCUUCGAAAUGGCCCAGCAGAAAGGCGAUAAGGGUAUGCUUCCCUACUUAGAAAGCACUGGCCUCACUCUCUCUUCUGCAACUUACCUGGGCCGCUAUCUCUCAUCCUCCCACACACUUCCGGAUCUUAUUCAAAAGGUUAAAUAUUUGAAGGAAACGUUAUUUUAUCACAGUGAUGAUGAAGGUAUUGUCGGUAUGAAUGCUAGACGAAUGAUGAAGCACCUUUCUAUUUCCAUUGAUGAUGAUGUGCAGAAAACAUUGUCAUUCUUUGAAAAGAUCCAAGCGAGACGUGGAGGUCUAGAUUUAUUAGGUUCCAAAGAUAGUUCUUUCCGAUAUCUUAUUGAAUCAUUUCCACGUCUUUUGUUGCUUCCAUUGGAGACUACAAUGGAGCCUGUCCUCCAAGUCCUUGAGGAUAUUGGUGUUGCACAUGGAUUGAAGAAACGAAUCCUACUACUCUUUCCGCCAAUUAUUUUUUAUGAUGUUGAGAAGGACAUAAGACCCAGAUUACAUUCUUUCGUAAAAAUUGGCGCAGCAGACAAAGAUUUUGGUCAGAUGUUACUCAAGUAUCCAUGGAUUCUUUCUGCAAGCAUUCUGCAAAACUAUGAAAGGAUCCUAGAUUUCUUCAAUAAGAAGAAGGUACCCGUUGCUAGUGUAGCCAGUGCAAUCAAAAGAUGGCCACUCCUUUUAGGCUGCUCAGUUGACAAGAUGAAAUUGAUGCUUGAUCAAUUUAAAGACUUGGGCAUCGUAAACAAGAAGUUGGGUAAGGUUAUUGCAACAAGUCCGCAGUUAUUGGUACAGAAACCUCAGGACUUCCUCAAGGUGGUGCAAUUCCUUGGAGAUUUGGGAGUUGAUGAGGAUGUCCUUGUUAAAAUUCUUGUUCGUUGCCCUGAAAUUUUUGGUUCAAGUAUUGAGAGAACUCUUGAGAGAAAGCUUAAUUUUCUGAAUACUAUUGGUAUUUCCAAGAGUCAUUUCCCCAGGGUUAUAAGGAAAUAUCCUGAGUUCUUCAUAUGCGAUGUUGAUGGAGCUUUGCUUCCAAGGGUAAGGUAUUUGAGGCGUGUUGGGAUUUCAAAGCGUGACAUAUCGUUCAUGGUCCGUAAGUUUUCUCCUUUACUCGGGUACAGUACAGGAGAAGUGCUGAGGCCAAAAGUGGAAUUCCUAGUGAACACAAUGGGAAGGGGAAUAAACGAAGUGGUGGAAUACCCAAGAUACUUCAGCUACUCGCUGGAGAAGAGGAUAAAACCUAGGUAUUUGGUGUUGAAAGGUAGAAAUGUGGAUUGUAGCUUAAAAGAUAUGUUAGGCAAAAAUGACGAAGAGUUCUUAUCUGACUUUAUGGGGGUCGAAAGGAUGCUUAUCCCCCCUUCUUAAAGACAAUUGCUGCUCAAUGCUACACUGCAAAUAUAUAGGACCCCUACGAUGGCAUCCUCAGCCCCUGCUUAAUUCUCUCAUGCUGGUGUGACCACUAUAAAUUGAGCGGACGUGAAAGACUGGAUGGCUCGAGGAAGUGAAAGACUGGUUCGCAUCAAAUUAAAGCAGGUAAUUAACAAUGCAAAUGGAGCUUCGUACUCUCUAGUCUUCUUCAAAAGAUAAUUUUUUUUUCCCGUCGCAAAACAUAAAUUUCAACCACAAGUUUCCGCUAUGUUAAAAAAGGUGCCCCCCUAAAGAUGGGCUCAUUUUGUUACACUUUUAUUAACAAAAGUAUCAUAUGAAUUCCUCCAUCUAAAUUUGUUGAGCUCUAUUUGACUGCGACGGAGAUGAAUGAAGUGAAAAUUUUAUG